UUUUCGGGUAUGCGGAUUAACUGUAGGCAUUUCUAGAUAUAUGCACAAAAUCUGGAACUUUUUGCAAGAUUUACGACGUGUGUCUCAAGCUGGGGUGUAGAUUGUGAACUAAUCGUUGUUUGAUGAGUCUUUUGAUUGUUGGAUCGUUCGGGUUGCUUGAUAUAUGCACAAAGUACGCGACUUUUGGCAAGAUUUUGGAAUAAUUGUGGUUUGGCAAGUACUUGAGUGCUGGGCCAUUUGGGUGAGUUAUAAUAGCAGUAUCAUGCAAAGGUAUGGUGACAACUACAUGGAAAAAGUUUGUAUACCCGUGUUGGAAGCCUUCGUUUGAUAAUGAAGGUGAAAAUAGCAGCAGUAGAGGAGGAGAUCCAGGCGGAAGGGUUGAUGGAUUGUUGUGGUAUAAAGAUUCGGGGCACCAUGUUAAUGGGGAGUUCUCGAUGGCUGUAAUUCAAGCGAAUAAUAUAUUGGAGGAUCAGAGCCAACUUGAAUCGGGAUCAAUGAGUUUGGUUGAAACAGGUCCUCAGGGCACCUUUGUGGGAAUAUAUGAUGGCCAUGCAGGCGCAGAAGCUGCCCGGUUUAUUAAUGGUCGCCUUUUUGAGAACGUCAAGAAAUUCACCUCAGAGGAUCAAGCAAUGUCAGCCGAUGUUAUACGCAAGGCAUAUUUGGCAACUGAAGAAGAGUUUCUUUCUCUGGUGAGAAAGGAAUGGCAAACUAGACCUCAAAUUGCUUCGGUCGGAUCAUGCUGCUUAGUGGGUAUUAUAUGCAGUGGGAUGUUAUAUAUUGCAAAUGCUGGAGAUUCUCGUGCGGUGUUAGGAAAACGGGAGAGGGCUCUGAAAGAGGUCAAAGCAGUUCAAUUAUCUUCUGAACACAACGCGAGUUUGGAAUCUGUCCGUGAGGAACUGCGCUCACUGCACCCCGAUGAUCCAAAUGUAGUAGUUUUAAAGCACAAGGUUUGGCGUGUGAAGGGAAUUAUACAGGUUUCGAGAUCAAUUGGUGAUGCAUAUUUGAAGAGAGCGGAGUUUAACAAAGAGCCUUUGCUGCCUAAGUUUCGAUUUCCUGGAACAUUCGAGAAGCCUAUUCUCCUCGCUGAGCCAUCAAUAAUUGUACAGAAGCUCGUUCCAGAAGAUCAGUUUCUCAUAUUUGCAUCAGACGGCUUAUGGGAGCAUCUCAGCAAUCAAGAGGCCGUGGACAUUGUCAGCAGUUGCGAACACCAU